GCAACAGAAGAGACGGUUCUUCAGCCACGCGUCACGGUGAAAUCGUUUUGGGAGGAGACUUCGAUGGGAGAAAAAAUCAGUCCCGAAUCAUCUUCUACUACGUUUGUCUGAGCCUUUCGGUGUCAUGGUGAAAUCGUCGCCGUUUGUCUGAGCCUUUCACGUUCGUCAAAACUCCAAACCUAGAAGGAGAGCCGCUCUCUCGCUCUCGCCGUUAAAAUCGGGAGAGAUGGGAAGAAGCAUGAGUGAAAAGGGUUUAAUAUGGAAACAGUUGAAUACAAGCAGGCUUGUAUAUCUGCAGGAUGAGCUUCGUGAUGCGGUACUUCUUGUUUUUGCUAACAAGCAGGAUCUUCCAAAUGCAAUGAAUGCUGCUGAGAUAACCGAUAAGCUUGGACUCCACUCUCUCCGGCAGCGUCAUUGGUACAUCCAGAGCACGUGUGCCACCACCGGUGAGGGACUGUUCUUCAGGAGUCUCGGCGCACGCUUAGAUAGAAAGAAAGAAAGAAGUGCCGUGAGCUUGAUGAAAACGUUUCAGACCAAGAGCUACUGAAAAUUUGUAAGACGUGAAGAGGUGAUAGUAUGCUCUUGGACAAAUUCUGCAUGGAAACGGCAUGAUCGCGGUAAUUGUAAUUAUAAUAACAACAAUAUAUCUCAACAAAUUAAAAGAAUUUGAUUUCAUAUGAUAAUUAGUAUGGUUAGCCACUUAGCCGUAUAAAUAAACACAUAUAAAAGUUACAUGCAAGUUAGACCUUUUUGCAUGCAAUAUUCAGUGUCUCUAAAAUGAUGGUAAUAUUUUACGCUGAGCUCAUAAUAUUUCCCGUUCCGUUUUCAGUUGUGUCAGACGAGAAUCAAAUUACUUUGUGAGCAAGUAUCAUUAAACUCAUCAUUCUCUAAGUUUUUUUCUCAGCUUUCUUCCUCAGUCAUCAUGUCAACGUCUAAAAAAUGGAACGAUGCCAUGAUCGGUCGUUACUACUCUGUCUUAGGAAGGGUUCCAGACAAGGAUAACAUCAAAGAGAUAGCCAAGUGUCUGAAGGCGCGAUCUGAAAUCCUCAACAAUAUCGGCAAGAAGAAGAAGAAGAAAGUGAGUAAAUGAUUUGCUUCUAUCUGAAUAUCUGAUGGUUUGUAAAUAGGCGUGAUGAUUUGCUUCUAUCUGAUACUUUUGUAAAUAGGUGUGAUGAUCUGCUUCUAUCUGAUGCUUUUGUAAAUAGGUGUGAUGAUUUGCUUCUAUCUGAUCUGAUGGUUUGUAAAUAGGCGUGAUGAUUUGCUUCUAUUUGAUGGUUUGUAAAUAGGUUUGGUUUGCUGGU